UUCCCAGAGUGUAUAAAUAUGUAGAUGGAGAAGAGCCCGGCAAUCUGAAUCAAGAACUGCUGAGCUCUCUCUCUCUCUCUCUCUCUCCAUUCCGUCUGUUGUUUCUCAAUCUGCCCAACAACUGCUAUUUGUUUCUGCGCUCUCUCACUGACUUCUCCCACAACAACAAGACAUAAUUAGCUGCUUACAGAGCUUUGCAAGAAGUUGCUGAUCAUGGGCAAUCCCUCUUGACACCUCUCUCAUUCAAGAAUUCAGGUCUUGAAUUGAGAUUGGACAUUUCUUGUUUCUUUGGGGUGGUUUUGCCGCAAAAUGGCUUCUGAUGCAACAGCCAAAUGCCAACCGCCCAUGAAGGCUACCUCGAAUGGGGUCUUCCAAGAGGAUGAUCCUCUCCAUUUUGCACUUCCUCUUGUGAUUGUACAGAUAUGCCUUGUGGUGGUUCUCACUCGAGUGCUCGCUUACCUUCUCAGGCCAUUGAGACAGCCACGCGUCAUUGCUGAGAUUAUUGGAGGAGUUCUGCUUGGUCCAUCAGCUUUAGGUCGCAACCAGAAGUAUCUUGAUGCUAUUUUUCCACCCCGAAGCCUUACCGUUUUAGACACCCUUGCCAACCUUGGUCUCCUAUUCUUUCUAUUCCUGGUUGGCCUUGAGCUAGAUCCAAAGGGUCUUCGUCGGACCGGGAAAAAAGCAUUAAGCAUUGCUCUUGGAGGAAUUGGUCUUCCAUUUGCUUUAGGAGUUGGGACUUCAUUUCUGCUCAGAGCAACUAUCUCCAAAGGCGUGAAUCAGGGUCCAUUUCUGGUGUUCAUGGGAGUGGCCCUCUCUAUCACUGCCUUUCCUGUCUUGGCUCGUAUACUGGCUGAGCUUAAGCUUUUGACUACAGACGUUGGUAGAAUGGCCAUGUCUGCAGCUGCAGUCAAUGACGUGGCUGCAUGGAUUCUACUUGCUCUGGCUAUUGCCCUAUCCGGCACCGGAGGUUCUGCCAUUGUUUCCUUGUGGGUCUUCUUGUGCGGGUUUGGUUUCAUAGUGUUGUGCAUAUUUGUUUGCCCUCCUAUUUUCAGAUGGAUUGCGCGACGAUGCCCUCGGGGUGAGCCGGUGGAUGAGAUAUAUAUAUGUGCUACAUUGGUUGCCGUCUUGGCUGCUGGUUUUGUCACAGAUACCAUUGGAAUUCAUGCACUUUUUGGGGCCUUUGUUCUCGGCGUUCUUGUCCCUAAGGAGGGAGCGUUUGCUGAAGCUCUUGUGGAGAAAGUCGAGGACCUUGUAUCUGGUCUAUUUCUUCCUUUAUACUUCGUGUCGAGCGGAUUGAAGACAAACGUCGCCACCAUCCAAGGGGCUCAGUCAUGGGGUCUUCUUGUUUUGGUCAUAUUUACAGCCUGUUCUGGGAAGAUAGUUGGCACGAUUUUGGUCUCUAUCUGCUGCAAGGUUCCUUUCAAAGAGGCACUAACCUUGGGUUUCCUGAUGAACACUAAAGGUUUAGUGGAGCUUAUUGUUCUUAACAUUGGGAAAGACCGAGGGGUUCUGAAUGAUCAAACAUUUGCUAUCAUGGUUUUGAUGGCUCUAUUCACGACGUUUAUAACGACACCUGUUGUCAUGGCCAUAUAUAAGCCGGCUCAAAUGGCGAAAAUGGAAUACAAACACAGAACUAUUCAUAGGAAGGAAGCUGAUACUCAACUCAGAAUGUUGACAUGUUUCCACAGCACAACACAUAUUCCCACAUUGAUCAAUCUCAUGGAGGCUUCACGUGGACGGGGAAAGAGGGGGGGACUCCGAGUCUAUGCAAUGCACCUGAUGGAGCUAUCGGAGAGAUCAUCCGCAAUUCUGAUGGUCCACAAGGCGAGAAACAACGGGCUGCCAUUUUGGAGUAAAGGGCAAAACUCUGAUGCAAAUCAAAUCGUCGUUGCUUUUGAGGCGUUCCAGCACCUCAGCCAAGUGUCAAUUCGACCGACAACGGCCAUCUCACCGAUAUCUAGCAUGCAUGAGGACAUCUGCACAAGUGCAGAUAGGAAGAGGGUUGCAAUGAUAAUUCUUCCGUAUCAUAAGCAUCAGAGGCUCGAUGGACACUUGGAGACAACACGAGCUGAUUUAAGGUAUGUGAACCGGAGGGUUCUUGAGCACUCCCCGUGUUCGGUUGGUAUCCUAGUCGAUCGAGGCUUAGGAGGGAAAUCUCACAUAUCAGCAAGCAACGUUGACUAUACCGUCACAGCCCUCUUCUUUGGGGGCCACGACGAUCGUGAAGCUCUGUCCUAUGGUGCACUCAUGGCCGAGCACACUGGCAUUAAUUUGAAUGCUGUUCGUUUCGUAGUGGACACAAAGGUAGUCGGAGAGAGCGUCCAAUUAGAAAUAAAGGACCAAUACGGUCCUGAAGUUACAUCAGAUGAAGAAUUCCUCGCAGAGUUCAAGCAGAAAGUAUCACAGGACGGUUCGAUCAAAUACGAUGAGAUUGUCGUAAGCAACGCUGCAGAAACAGUUGAUGUGAUACGCAAAUACAACCGUUGCAAUCUCUUUGUCAUUGGAAGAAUGCCGGAGGGUCAACUAGUAGCAGCGCUUAACAAGAAGACCGAGUGUCCCGAACUGGGACCGGUCGGCAACUUGCUGAUUUCCCUGGAGUUCAAAACCACAGCAUCGGUGCUGGUGGUGCAGCAGUACCGCAGCCAGCUGACCGGAGAUUCACUGGCUUCUCUGAAGGAUGAGUGCACAACGGAGGAAGAGUACGAUUCGCAGUGAUUUGGUUUUGUAUGAAUGUUGAGAGGCGAUGAUAGUGUACAGAAAUGUAGAUUUUCUGUGAAUAAUCUUUCCUGAUCUAAGUCCUGCCAUGUAAUUGUAAAGCUGGAAAUUAGGCAACAUUGUCACAAUGUUUCAGUUUCUUGCAGUUGUAAUGGACUAUGCUGUUUCUUGUACAAAUCAGAAGAUAAGAUUGUUUCUUUUCAUGCAUGA